AAUUCGCGCGUGCGCACUAUCGCGCUCUGGGUGACAGCGCAUGUUACCCUCAGUAUCAUCUGGUGUCCUAAUUUUCCUUGUCAAAUACAGAACAGCUUGAAAACUCCAACGAUGGAGGGCACAUUUUCUAGCGGUCUCGUCCAAGUCACCCUUGCCGUGAUUCUUGUCUUGAUCCUGCCCAGUCCAGCUAGUCCUGCUCCGCUAGCACUCCGAGUCCGCGUCCCUCUUGACAUGUGGAGACCCGUGGUCAUACAACCGCGCCCAACAUCUCCAGCAAAGCCUAGCGAACAGAUCAACCUCUCCGUAACUAAGCCCUUGGAUGAUGAUGGUGACGAGGAUGGUGAGGAUUGGGGUGAGGAUGAUGGGGAUAAACCAGCGUGGAGGUUGAAGUUCCGAGGGAUGAAUUUACCAAGACAGUUUGGAGCGUACGACUUGGAUCACAGUCGAGGCGUGAGUCUGGUGGAACUUGCUACCGUAACAGAGACAGAGCUAAAAGACGCCAAGGAACCGUUUAAUGCCGCUGAUUUGGAUGGAAACAAAGUUUUGUCCCAGGAAGAGUUCACGCAAGCUCCUUGGAUCUUUGACGCAAGUGGCAUAACUAUGCUGGAUUCAGCCAUGGAUGGUGGUGAUAUAGAGGAGGCGAGACAGUCUUAAUGAUCUGUCUUGGUGAUUUAAUUCCAAAAUCCGCUUUUUAAUGUAUGCUUAAAACCUCAUUUUUUGAAGACGUUACUUGCAGAAUGGCUGUACAUUCAGAGAAAUGCGCUUGAAGAAACGUCUUGCACGAAGUAAAUGAGACGCUUUGUCGCCAAUUGGAGAGGCUGGGGUGAGAGAGACGUGUAUGACGAAGAAGGCCUUACAAAGUGCGAGUAUAUAAUAAGGGGUAAACCGAGCUAUGAACUAUGUAAUAAAUUAGUAACCUCUGCAUGAGUGAGUUAAAUUGUCGCAGCAUCUGAAGCCACCACGUACGUGCCUUUAAAGUCUGUUCCAAAUUUUUGAUCUUUGUCUUUGAGAUAGGCUAAGCCUCGGCACUUUUGAAAAUUUGUACAUAUGCAGCCCAAUUGUAGAAAUGUGUACAUAGUGCAGCCCAAUAUAAUAAUUUUCUUUUGGGGACUUUAGUUGGACAUUAUUAACCAACCAAGUAUGUUAUUUACUGAAAGGGUUCAAGAGUGACAGUAUCUUCCACAAUUUAUGCAGCAUUUAUACUAUAACGGCGUAGACUUCAUGAGCUUGCGUUUACAUUUGGAAAAAACUGUUAUCUUUCGGUCGGCUGAAGGUCUUUGUACUUUUUUUUUACCUUUGCUCGGCUGGAAAUAACUACCAUUUUCCAUAGCUGCUGUGCUACUUUAAGCCUUGUCUAGAGACAGUAUAACCUUUACUGGGUGUGAUUGUUAUUAACACGAGGAAGGAGCAUAUUAAAGUGAAAUUAAAGUAAGGUGCCAAGGUUGUAAGAUGAAAGAGUUAACACGAAGGUUUUGCCAGAAUUUACUCGCGUUUACAUCUCGCAUGUUUGGAGAGUUUAUUGGUAGUCAGCGAUUUGUGCGUGUGUUAGUUCGAGGGCGCUGUUUGACAACAUCGGUCUGGGGUUUGAAGAAACCACAAACGUAUGGAGGUUUGCGGAAAAUGUUCCAAUUAGGUUAAAAGAAUGUUUUGAUUGCACAAUUCUAUUCUCAAUAUUUAAAGAGAACUCAAUUUAAACAAGAUGAAAUAUGCAAAUUAACUUUGAUGGAGAACGAACAAAACAGUUAAGUUUGAUACUUAGCUUCUUAUGUGUUCAGUUGAUAUCUCUGCAGUGAAUGGCAGUCAAGAAACAAGCCAAAGUGUAUACAAAAAUGCAUUCACACGCCCUUCACUGAAAAUAACGCGUCAAAUAUCCAUAACCAUAAUGAUGUUUUGUAACGAACGUAGGCGUACUUUGGGCAUUUGAAAGUAGUCUGUAAGUACUAAGCAAUUAACGCUCUUUAUUUUAAUAAUUAUGCAGAAUGUUUUGACAUGCUCAUAAAUGUGAACACGCAACGGUUACUUGAAAAGUUCAACAUAAAAGAAAAAAUAUAUUUUACAUUCGCUCUGUUAGCCUUCUACACUAUAAAAGAAUGAUAUUGUCCUGUCAAUAUUUUGAUGCCGCUGUUACGCACUGCGGUACUACAUGUACAUGAAACAGUGCAUUCUCAAACAUCGAACAUAAAUCGAAACAAUGUUAAUGUUACUACUUAACUGAGCAUGAGUAGACGAGCACAACGCUCGCUUUGUAUUAUUAAACUUAUAACUACAAUA